AUGAGUGGACCCCACCCGUACCUUAAACUGAUGAUCAGGAGUUGUUGCAACUGCAUUUUAAUUGUCCACGUGAAGAGAACAGCAGACGCGCUACAAACCACAGUGUACCGCAAACCGACCCACUCCGACCAGUACAUCCACUACAAGUCCAACCACCCGCCCAAAACCAAAACCGGCAUCAUCUCCACCCUCACAAAGAGAGCUAAACUCAUCUGUAACAGCAACUUAGACGAAGAGAUCCAACACCUGCGUACAGUUUUCACUCACCUGAAUGGAUACCCAGCAGACCAAGUAAAUAAAACCAUCCAGAAGUACUCGCAACGUGAACUCAAUCAACAGCCUAGAGUCCACGUGCAAGGCCCCGGUAUACGAAUCAACCUCCCCUACAUUGGUCCAACCAGCCACAAAAUAGCCCGCCUAAUAAAACAGUCAACUGGAAUAGAAACAGUCUUCAGAAGCCUGACCACACUAAAGACCCACCUACAUGCCACAGGAAAGAAGACACCAACCAAACCCCAACCACCCAAAGGAGUUGUCUACCAAUUAAAAUGCAGUUGCAACAACUCCUACAUAGGUGAAACAGGCAGGCCGCUUCAAACCAGAAUUAAAGAACACCAAUCAUCAGUACAGAAACUUGACUCCAAAUCUGCCAUAUCUGACCACAUACAUGAAAACCCAUCCCACAACAUCAACUGGAAUACAGUCAGGACACUGAACAUGAAUCAGCCCCAUUGGAAGAAACGAAAACUACAGGAAGCCAUCCAGAUUAAGAGAUUAAAGCCCAGCCUGAACAGAGAUCACGGCAUCUACCUCCCCUCAGCUUAUGAUCUGCUAAUCCUCCAAACCGCUCAGGAACCCCACCGAGCCUAG